AAAAAAAAAAAAAAAAAACAGACGACACAAAAGCAACACAGAGGAGAAACGAGGAGGGAGAAAUCUCGAACGAGGAAAAACCCGAUUCUAACCUUAUCUCGUGCUAACGAAUUCAAAUCAUUUCUCCUCAUCACCAGAUCGAUCGCAAAAUCACCAAUCUCCGCCGCCGCCUCCGCCACAAUUGACGGCGGUGUCUACGUGUCUUUCAUCAGCAGGAGAAGUCAGCUUAAUAAAGCCUCUCUUCCGAUUUGACUUGUGAUAUAUAAUAUAUAUUUUGGCAUCGCGUGGAAGAAAUGUAAAAUGCAGGCGAACGGGAAGAAGCUACACACAGAUUGAUGAUGACUAUGAAAAUUGCUUUAAGAAGGUGAAAAAGAAUAUAUAUAUAUAACUAUGGGAUCAGAGAAAAAGUUUCCUCUCAAUGCAAAAGACUACAAGUUGCACGAAGAAAUUGGAGAUGGUGUUAGUGCCACUGUGUACAGAGCCUUGUGCAUACCACUCAACGAAGUAGUUGCUAUCAAGGUUCUUGAUCUUGAAAAAUGCAACAACGACCUGGAUGGGAUACGGAGAGAGGUGCAAACAAUGAGUCUGAUCAACCAUCCAAAUUUGUUACAAGCUCAUUGCUCAUUUACCGCUAGGCACCAGCUUUGGGUUGUGAUGCCUUACAUGGCUGCAGGAUCUUGUCUUCAUAUAAUAAAGUCUUCUUAUCAAGAUGGAUUUGAGGAACCUGUUAUCGCGACUUUACUCCGUGAGACUCUGAGAGCUCUUGUGUAUCUUCAUGCUCAUGGACAUAUCCAUAGGGAUGUCAAGGCUGGAAACAUAUUAUUGGACUCCAGUGGGGCCGUUAAGUUAGCAGACUUUGGAGUAUCAGCUUGUAUGUAUGAUACAGGAGAUAGACAACGUUCCAGAAAUACAUUCGUUGGGACUCCAUGCUGGAUGGCUCCUGAAGUCAUGCAGCAGCUACAUGGAUAUGAUUUCAAAGCAGAUGUUUGGUCAUUUGGAAUAACGGCACUUGAACUAGCACAUGGCCAUGCCCCAUUUUCCAAGUAUCCGCCAAUGAAAGUUUUGCUGAUGACCUUACAAAAUGCACCUCCUGGACUUGACUACGAGAGAGACAAAAGAUUUUCAAAAGCCUUCAAAGAAAUGGUGGGUAUAUGCCUAGUCAAGGACCCAAAGAAGCGUCCAACUUCAGAAAAGCUUUUAAAGCACCCUUUCUUCAAACAAGCACGUCCACCUGAUUACAUGGCUAAAACAAUUCUAAAUGGUCUCCCUCCAUUAGGUGAACGCUAUAGAACGAUAAAGUCAAAGGAAGCUGAUCUUCUAAUGCAAAACAAGUCUGAAUACGAAGUGCAGUUAUCACAGCAAGAAUACAUUAGGGGAAUAAGCGCCUGGAAUUUCAAUCUCGAGGAUCUAAAGAAUCAGGCUGCCCUUAUUUCAGAUGAUGAUAGUUCACUUGCGGAAGAGCCUGAUUUCAACCGAAAGCAAUGUGAAAGACAAGAUGAAUCUGCUCUUUCCCCUGAAAGGGCUAGCAGCUCAGAAACAGCUCCCAGUCAGGAUGAAGAAUUGAAUGACAUUCAUGAUUUAGAGAGUUCUUUCGCCUCUUUUCCAAGCAAACCUCUUCAAGCACUCAAAGGCUGCUUUGAUAUCGGCGAGGAAGAGGACAAUGCAACUAAUCCUGAUUGGAAAGAUGCAAACCUAAUGAGUUCUGGACAACAGCUUUUAAAAAAGGCUUCCAUUGGAUCUCUGGCGCACACCACGAAAGAAGAGGAUAUUGCGGCACAAAACUCUUCUUUACCACGCCAUGUCAUUUCUGAACAAAAGAAAUAUUCGAGCGGUUCAAUUACACCAGAGACCACUUUCUCUCCAAAAAGAACCUCAUCCGAUGCUGAGAGGGAUUUUCAACAACGUAGAUAUCAGACAGAGCGUAGCUACAGCGGAUCGUUGUCUCGCACCAAGAGAGAUACUGUGGACGAGACUUCAGAAUCCCCGUAUGUGGAGCACAAGGGACGGUUUAAGGUCACAUCAGCAGAUUUGAGUCCCAAGGGAUCUACAAACUCUACAUUCACACCGUUUGGUGGUGGUUCAAGUAGCCCGAGCUCCUUCAACGUGACGACCGCCUCAAUCCUCUCAUCACUUCACUUAAUUUUGCGGCAAAACGCCAUGCAACGGGAAGAGAUUUUGAGUCUAAUCAAAUACGUGGAGCAAACCUCUGUCAAGCAACGUGGAUCACCUGAGACAAGCCUUGAUGAGCCAUUGCAGACGCCUUCUGCAAAUACGCGGGAGAAAGAACUUGAGACCCAACUCAUGCUACUGCAACAAAGCGUUUCGAGCCUAACAGAAGAAGUAAAGAAAUACAAGCAGAAAAAUGCGCAGGUAUGUCUUCUUACAUUUUCUAGCAAGACUCCCACAUUAACUUCAUUCACUCUUGAGAUAAAAUCUUAUACAUUCUUACACAGUGGAUAAAAAUGAUACAAUACUAUGAACCUUCACUUUCUUAUUAUCUGCAGUCAGAGAAUGAAUUAGUUCAACGCAUUAACACCAGAAAUGAUGGAGUUUCGUAACCCGUCGAGACAACAGACCACAAGCACAGGGAAGAAACUGGGGGAUCUUGAGAAGCCUCAAGUUCCCUCUCAAGACCAAAGAAGAAAGAGAGAUAUUGUGUGCUUAUAUAUAUUAUAUAUUUGUUGGGUGUAAUUUAUUUGACAGGUUCAUAUAUAAUGUGACACUACAACAAUAUCUGUCUUCUUAUUAGCCACUUAUGCGUGGUUUAUGAUGUUGCUAUAUAUUACAGCGGUUGCAAUAAUAGUAUCC